GUAAUGAACAGUGACCCUCUCAAUCUUAUCAAUGGUCACACUCCACUUUAUCUUCUUGUUAAUUGCGGGAGUGGCUAGAAGCCUUCAAGUGGUAGCCACAGCUGAAGACGAUGGACAGGGCAUUGGCAUUGGGGCGCCUAGCUUAAGAAGAAGAAUAAUAUGCAUUUUCAGCUGGAAUUCUGGAUCUGAAUUUCCACUACUUGGAAAGGAAUAAACCCAGGGAAAAAAAAGAAAAAAGAAAAAAGGAACGCUUUUUUUGGAGCUAAUCCCGCAUUCUUGAAGUAAUUAACAAGAAUGGGGGUAUUGAGGGAGUCUUGGUGCUUUUGUAACGGCGGAGGUAAGUCGGAGAGAAUGAAAGCCGCCAUUUUCUCCGGUAAAGGUCCCUUAAUGGCCAGAAUCGGAGCUGCCGGCACCGGCUUCCUCAUCCACCGGAACCUUCUCCUUACCACCCACGUUAAUCUCCCUUCUGUCUCUGCUGCCGAGGCUGCUGAGAUCCGCCUUCACAACGGCGUCGCUGCUUGCCUUUUUCCUCACAGGUUCUUUAUUACCAGCUCUGUUCUUGAUCUGACUAUAGUAGGCCUUGAUGCAAUGGAUGGAGAAACAAAUGUGCUGGUACAGCACAAUCACCAUUUGAAACCCUGUUCCAAUCCUAACUUGGACCUGGGUAGUGUAGUUUAUCUAUUAGGGUGCACAGAGGAAAAGGAGCUGACUGUGGGUGAAGGAAAAGUUGUAAUACCAACCGACAAUCUAAUCAAGUUAUCAACAGAUGGAGUAAUUUGGAGCCCUGGUUCUGCUGGAUUUGAUGUUCAUGGCAAUCUUGCGUUUAUGGUCUGUGAUCCUAUGAAGCUAGCCACGUCACCGAAUACAAAAUCCACUUCAACUUCAUCCUCAUCGUCAUCAUCAUGGAAGAAAGAUCUUCCAAUGCAGUUUGGUAUCCCCAUCCCUAUCAUCUGUGAUUGGUUAAACCAGCAUUGGGAGGGAAACCUUGAUGAACUCAAUAAACCAAAAUUACCGCUGCUCCGGUUAAUGUCUACUGGACAGAAGAGCGAACAUUCCUGUGCAUCAUUCACUAUGCGGCAAGUAUUUAAGUCAACAGAAGCUGAAAAUGAAGGAACUCCAUCAUCAUCAAACAUGAUGUCAAAGCAUAUUGGUCCAAGUUGUUCUGCUGUUCAUAAUAGUUCAGAAGAUGAAGCCCUUACUGCAGAUCCACCAGCUCCUACUCAUGUACAGGGAAUUCCAACACCAGAAAUAUACGAGUCACCAAAGUUGACAUCUACGCCAGUAAGGAAAAGGGAAAGCACCCAAAUCCAGCUCUUGGAUAUAAAUUUUCCACCAAGGAUUGUUAAAGUUCCAGCCUCACUGCAGCCUACCAGAAUAGUGCAGCCAAACUCAGAUGAAAAUCAUGUCAAGGAACCACCAAGGCUGCACCUCAUGGAUGAAGAUCAAUUUAGCGAUAAAGGACAUUCUGGCAUCAUAGCUGAAGCUGAAGUUGCAUCGACAGGUUCUGUAAAUGGUGUCCAGAGUGAGGUACAAUCUUGUGCAUCUCCAGUGGAUGGUUCAGAGAUGCAGCGUGACUACAGUAGUGAGGGAGAAACCACCAUGUAUUCUGCUGAAACAGCAGAAAGUCGUAAUUAUCCAAGUCCUAAGGAGGGAAGAUUUAACCAAGUAGGGAGGAGUCAGAGCUGUGUAAACUAUAAUAGAUGGGGGCCGGCCCAAAAGUUUCCAGUUGGUCGCAAGACAAUGAUAGAAAAGCAGAGAAGCUUUAUGCAAGGAAGAAAGGUGUAUUCACAAGGGGCUGCUUCUCAUAGAAGCAAUGAAUAUUACAGUCCUACUGUUUCUUCAAUUAUGAAGAAGCGGAACAACUUGGAGCAGCAGCCAAACAGACCCAGACAAAAUGCAGUUCAUUCAUCUCCGAGAUGGAUGUUCUAAGUUGUGAAAUUGAUAGGCUACCUAUAUAUAUUGUUCUCUCUCUUUCUUUGUUUUUUUUUGGGGUUCCACACCUACCCUAUUAAAUUACUUUUUGCCUACACUGUAAUUAAUUAUAUGUCGCAAUUUGUGCAGAACAUAUGAAAGAUAAACAAUAAAAAGAA